AUGCUUCGUAGAAGAAGUUUGGAGGCCUUGAGGCGAUUUUACAGGCGUGGUUUUGGUGCACAAGCAAGGCUCGCGUCAACAACAAACUCCCAAGGGCUUUUAAAUGCUCGAGAAACAUUAAACCGUGGUAAUCUGCAUUGGGAUUUGUAUCGCAAACAAAUUGAGGAUCCUGAACUUAGCAGCGAGUUUAAAAGACUUGAGGCUUCUUGGUUGCAAGGACUGUCGUUAAAAAGUGAGGGGAAAAGCGACUCAAAGGCUCCCGUGGAUCCCAAAACGCCCGGAAAGGAUGACAGUGAUCCCAAGGAUAAGGGAAGGCCAGAUCCAGAUACUUCAAAAAAUGACUCAGAAGUAAGUAAAUCUAAUGGGUCUGGCGAAUUUGCUGUUUCCAGUUCGGGUUCUUCGGGGGCGGCGCCCUCUGGAAGUGAUGGAAAUGGUGGGGAUGAUAAUUCUGAUCGCAGUAGCGAUACAAAACACUCCUCAAAAAAACCCAAGCUACCAGAAAUUUAUCCGCAAAUGCUAGCGCUACCAAUCUCCAGACGGCCCCUCUUCCCUGGUUUUUACAAAGCCGUAGUCAUUUCUGAUAGCAGAGUGAUGGCGGCCGUCAAAGAUAUGCUGGACCGUCAACAACCUUACAUCGGUGCAUUUCUACUAAAGGAUUCUAAUGUUGACACAGACGUCAUUCAAGACACGCGCCAAGUUUACGAGACUGGUGUUUUUGCGCAGAUUACGAGUGCCUUCCCCAGCAAAGACGAAAAAUCGGGCGCAGAGACAAUGACUGCACUUCUUUACCCCCAUAGACGAAUCAAAAUAGACGAGCUUCUGCCGCCUACGGCUGCGAAAGUGACCUCCGGUACUCCUGCAUCCUCGAAGCCUAAGAGCUCGGAAACCGUCCCCAACAACAAAGACGACGGUACCGACGAUCAAAGCCUUCAACCAAAGGCGACUUCCUCGGAACACUCAGAAUUAGUUGAGGGGGAAGAAAACCCGACUGAGUUCUUGAAAGAUUAUGAUGUUUCAUUGGUUAACGUGUCCAAUCUCGAAGACAAAGAAUUCGACAGAAAGUCCCCAGUGAUAAACGCAUUAACCUCCGAAAUACUCAAAGUAUUUAAAGAGAUCUCACAAUUAAACACCAUGUUCAGGGAACAAAUUGCGACUUUUUCUGCCUCCAUUCAAUCCGCUACCACCAAUAUUUUUGAGGAACCUGCACGUUUAGCUGACUUUGCCGCAGCUGUUUCAGCUGGGGAAGAAGAAGAGCUACAGGAAAUUCUGGAAUCAUUAGAUAUUGAGCAAAGAUUAGAGAAAUCGCUGGUCGUGCUUAAGAAAGAGCUCAUGAAUGCGGAAUUGCAAAACAAAAUCUCGAAAGACGUUGAGACUAAAAUCCAAAAAAGGCAACGCGAAUACUAUCUCAUGGAACAACUCAAGGGAAUCAAACGUGAACUUGGAAUUGAUGAUGGGAGGGACAAAUUGAUCGAGACAUUCAGAAAAAGAUUAGAGAAGCUGCAACUACCGGAAAAUGUUCAAAAAGUUUUUGGUGACGAAGUCAACAAAUUGGCUACCCUUGAAACAUCCAUGUCUGAGUUUGGUGUCAUUAGGAAUUAUUUGGACUGGAUUACGACGCUCCCAUGGGGUGUAACCUCCAAAGAGCAAUAUUCAAUUCCAUUGGCUAAGCAGAUUUUGGAUGAAGAUCAUUACGGACUCAAGGACGUUAAAGACAGAAUACUUGAAUUCAUCGCUGUAGGCAAGCUACUCGGAAAGGUUGAUGGGAAAAUAAUAUGCUUCGUUGGCCCUCCAGGUGUUGGUAAAACAUCGAUCGGUAAAUCCAUUGCCCGUUCGUUGAACCGUCAGUUUUUCAGAUUUUCUGUCGGUGGUAUGACUGACAUUGCUGAAAUCAAGGGACACAGAAGAACUUACAUUGGAGCUUUGCCCGGUAGAGUGAUUCAAGCUCUAAAGAAGUGCGAAACGCAAAAUCCACUCAUUUUGAUCGAUGAAAUUGAUAAAAUCGGUCACGGUGGUGUGCACGGUGAUCCAUCUGCCGCGCUUUUGGAGCUUCUAGAUCCUGAACAAAACAAUAGUUUCCUGGACAAUUAUUUGGAUAUUCCAAUGGAUCUAUCGAAGGUUCUAUUCGUUUGUACAGCAAACACUCUAGACACCAUCCCAAGGCCCCUACUAGACAGAAUGGAAGUGAUUGAGCUGACAGGAUACGUCGCCGAAGAAAAAAUAAAAAUCGCUGAGCAGUAUCUCUCACCCAGCGCUAAACGUGAUGCUGGUCUCGCCAAUGCCCACGUUAAUUUGACUGAGGAAGCUGUCAUUUCCUUGAUGAAGCUCUACUGCAGAGAGAGUGGUGUACGGAACCUAAAGAAGCACAUUGAAAAGGUCUACAGAAAAGCAGCUCUGAAUGUUGUCAAGCAAAUGAGCUUGGAUGAACUACCUGCAGAUGCCAGCAAAAAAGACGCUGGAAAAGACACAAAUGAGAAAACUGUUGGGGUUACUGAAUCUCUGUCAGAGAAGGACGCAAAGGUGACUGUCCAGAAGACUCAAGACAGUGAGGAGGCUGUGACUGUUCCAAAUACUAUACAAAUUGACAUCAAUCCAGAUAAUCUGAAAGACUAUGUUGGGCCGCCAGUCUACACGUCCGAUCGACUAUAUGAGACAACACCGCCAGGUGUUGUUAUGGGUCUGGCAUGGACAAGCAUGGGUGGCUGUGCAAUGUACGUGGAGUCUGUUCUUGAACAGCCCAUCAGUUCGAAAUCUCAGCCCUCAUUGGAGCGCACUGGCCAGCUAGGUGAUGUCAUGAAAGAGUCUUCUAGGCUCGCUUACUCCUUUUCAAGAAUGUUUUUGAGCAAGACGUUCCCCGAAAACCGCUUUUUCGAAAAAGCAGCCAUACAUUUGCAUUGUCCUGAAGGAGCGACGCCCAAGGACGGCCCAAGCGCUGGUGUCACCAUGGCGUCUUCUCUUCUUUCGUUAGCAUUAAACAAGCAACUCGAUCCAACAGUUGCCAUGACCGGUGAGUUAACCUUGACCGGGAAAGUACUGCGUAUUGGUGGGCUACGCGAGAAGGCCGUGGCUGCCAAAAGGUCCGGAGCAAAGACUAUAAUUUUCCCCAAAGACAACUUGAACGAUUGGGCCGAACUACCGGACCAUGUCAAGGACGGUUUAGAACCUCUUCCAGCAGCUUGGUAUGACCAAAUCUUUAACAAGCUGUUCCCAGAUGUUUCGCUACCGGAAGGGAACUCCAUGUGGAAGUCAGAGUUCGACAUAAUCGAUGCUAAAGAAGAAAAGAAAGACAAAUAA